CUCUGCAGCUGUCAACGUCAUACCGGACAGACGCUACAUGGACUUAUAGAGCAACGUUUCUGUUCGUGUUUACAGUUUUAAACUUUAGUUGUUUUUGUAUCAUCUAACCGGUCAGCAUGGCUCUGGCUGAAGCGAUGAUGCCUGCCUCGUUUCCAAGCGUUCAAGCCAUGGACGCAAAACAGUUCGAAAAUAUGUGCAAGGUGGACGAGUGCGCACGCGGCGGCGCAACAGGUGGCGGAGUGGAGUUCAGAAUCGUGCGGUCCCCCGCCGCGCUCCCUAAAGACGACGACGAGCUGGGGAAGUUCUUGGACAUCGAGUUCAUUUUGUCCAACACCAUAAACUCCGACGUCGUGAGCAACAGCGGGAGUGUCUCUCCACCGCAGCAGUGCGCUUAUUCCCUGCCGGAGUCGCCGGAGAGCUGCGGCGGUGGUUCCGCGCCAGACUGCGGCGACCGCGGCCACCCUCCCGCUGGCCUGGCCGCGCAGAGCUACCACGGCGCGGUGGGCUUCGCGGUCUCGAGUCCGGUCCGCAGUCUCAUGGCGGAGCUGCUCACGCCAGAGAUGAGCUACCCGGGGGAGGGUUCGCCGGAGUGCGCGGGGAAGGCGAGAGACGGGCGGGAGUACACCGAACUGCGGGCGUUUAAUCCGGUCCCCGCUCAUCACCAAGUGACCGCAUCUCCUCCGCCGCUUGGAUACAAAAUUAAAAGUGAGCCCGUCGGUCAGUCUUGCAUGAUGGCCGCCGGUGGCGGGGAAUUUAUGGGACAGAUGUACGAGAGACACCAGAUGCGCCCCGUGCACCAAACAGCUUUUACGCACCACCAGGCUGCAGUUCCAGGCACUAUGCCGGGAUUCGGCGCGCUCCUCAUGCAGCAGUCUGCACCCCAGGGACGCACAGACUGCCAUUUGGCGCAAAUGAACACUCAUCCCGAUCAGCACCAUCUCCAAAACCAGUACAUGAACGCGCCCUACCAGCCGCAGUACGCGCACCAGAGCUUGGCGCAGUUUCAAGGACAGUACAGCGCGCACCGAGAGCCCGUCCGCGUUCACCAGCAGCAUCAUCCCGCAUCCAUGCAGGGCAUAAUGCUCACCCCUCCCUCGUCGCCCUCGCUGCUGGAGUUUUACGCGCAGGAGGAGGCGUUGAGCAUCAAACAAAAGCGAGGGCGCAGGUCGUGGGCCAGAAAACGCGCCGCGACGCACAGCUGCGAGUUCUCAGGCUGCGGGAAAACCUACACCAAGAGCUCCCACCUCAAAGCCCACAUGCGAACACACACAGGAGAGAAGCCCUACCACUGCAACUGGGAAGGCUGCGGCUGGAAGUUCGCCAGGUCGGACGAGCUGACCCGGCACUUCAGAAAGCACACCGGGCACAGACCUUUCCAGUGUCACAUGUGCGAGCGCGCGUUUUCCCGCUCAGAUCAUCUGGCUCUCCACAUGAAGAGGCACAUGUAGGCCACGUUACAACUUAAAGCAUCCAGAUCCAUCACGGGGUCAUGCCCGGAACAUCCCAGAAGAAGCGCGGGUCGGCUCCUGGUCCAGACCCAUGGAACAAAACGUCCCUAUGGGGACCGCAGUAUAUGUGGGGUGCCUUGGUUGAGAGUGUAAAGCACCCUGAUCGUGCCCUGAGGUACCACACGUAUCUUCCUCUUAUGUUUUAUAAAAAGCCAAGUGCCUCUCCAUCAGGAAAAACAGAAUGAACGCUGGUGUCUUAUUUUUUUUUUUUUGUACAUACCUGUGGAUAUUUGAACUGACUAAAUUAUAGUAGUUUUUAUUUAAGACAUGUCCUCGUCCUGUCUCUGAAAUAAGUUAUUGAUUGUGAGUGAGUGCCUUAACAACAAUGCGUAUUUGCUUCCCAAAUGGGGGAGGGGGGGGGGGGGGCUCACUGUGGGCAGGACCCAGAACUUUGUACAUAUGUAAAUUGUAUUCCGGAAUGUUUACAUCUUAUAUCUUUGAUACUACUCAAAUCAGGUCAGGGUUUUGUUUGUUUUUAUUGAUAUUUCUUCGUUCUAUUUUGACGUUUUUAAUCUCUACAAUAGAAGUUAUAUAUUUGCUAAACUGUGUAGGCGUGGCCUACGUUCCACACUUUUACCUUUCCUCUGUGAAGGUUUGCUUGAGCAAUGCUCACAAAUUCAGGUACCAAAGCUCAUUUUCCAAGGAUCCCACAAAUCAAGUGUAACGUCACUCUCCUUUCAUUCACAUCAAAUGUCAUUUCCAGCUCAGUGUUUUCUGGGGAAAACAACCUAUUUUCUUGUGGAAGAUAUGACUUUUUUCUAAGAAUGAAGAAAUCCACUGCAACCAAUGGUUGAUCCGCUGUACUUGAAACAGAAUUGCCGCUCAAUAUGUAUCUUUUUCUUUUUCCUCAGCGAUGCAAUUGUCUGUUAUGUGUUUAAGGGCUCCGAAAAUAAAAGUACUUUUACAAAUAUGUCUGUCAUCACCUCUUCCUCCACACUCUACACGAUUCACUCAGCUAUAGUUUGUGCUUUCAGUUAGUUUCUGCAGGUCUGCUGGCACUGAUGACACUAUGUUAUUGUUUUGAUACAAUUCUCAGCACUGCGUGACAAAACAUGCCUCAGUCGAACACAAGGGCUUACAAGUAUUUUUUUUAAAUCGUCUCCUUGGCCACGUUUGUAACACAGACAGUGACGCUGACAUCUAACAAAGCUUUUGCGUACCACAAUUUCAGCAUGUUAUAGAACACAGUGAUCCACCGUCUGAGGCGAGGGACACUGAAUAUCUUGUAAUUGUA